GAGAGGCUGGCUUGCGAAAUAUUAAUUUUCUUAAGCCGCCAGCCAUGAGUUCGUUACGGCAGAAGUCCGCUCCCCGGUGGACGGCUGUAUUCCUGCUAUGCGCGGUGCUAUGUUGCCUGUUCGUGCCAGCUGUAACGGUCAAGCACGAAAACUUCAAGAAAUGCGACCAAUCCGGCUUCUGCAAGCGAAACCGCCAGUUCGCCGAUGACGUCUCCGCAUCCAGCUCCUGGACUGCGCCCUACGCCCUCGACCCAACUUCGAUUACAUUUGAGAAGGGUCAAUUGAAUGGCGUUGUGCUCAAGAUAUUGAAGGAAGGCGAGGAGAAGGCGAGAUUACCGCUCACGGUUACCUUCCUCGACUCUGGCGUUGCAAGAGUCACUCUUGAUGAGGAGAAACGAGCAAAGGGCGAGAUCGAUCUAAGGCAUGACAGCAAGGCGAGGAAAGAGCGAUACAAUGAGGCUGGCAAGUGGGCGCUUGUUGGAGGCUUGAAAGUGUUCGAAGGCGCGGCACUAAACGCAGAAGCCGAGCAAGGGUACACAAAGGUUGUGUAUGGCAAAGGCGGCAAACACCAAGCUGUAAUUCGACAUGCGCCUUUUGGAAUCGAGUUUCAAAGAGAUGGGGAGACACAAGUCAAGUUCAAUGAGCGGGGUUUCUUGAACGUAGAACACUGGCGGGCCAAGGUUGAAAAGGUAGAAGAAGAGAAGAAAGAGGGUGAAGAAGAAAAGGUAGAAGACGAGAAGAAAGAGGAUGCAACUGGUGAAGAUGAGAGUACCUGGUGGGAGGAGAGCUUUGGUGGUAAUACCGACAGCAAGCCCAGGGGUCCUGAGGCUGUCGCGCUCGAUAUUUCAUUCCCAGGCUACGAGCAUGUAUUCGGUAUUCCAGAGCAUGCUACGAGGCUGUCGUUGAAGACCACAAAGGGUGGUGACAAUGCUUACGAUGAGCCCUACCGGUUGUACAACGCCGACGUCUUUGAAUACGAAAUGGACAGCCCAAUGACGCUUUAUGGCGCCAUUCCUUUCAUGCAGGCUCAUCGCAAGGGCUCGACAGUUGGCGUAUUCUGGCUCAAUGCUGCUGAGACAUGGAUUGACAUUACCAAGAAGAAGAACACGGCAAACCCGCUCGCUCUUGGCGUAAAGGGACACACUGAUACCCAAACUCAUUGGAUGUCUGAGAGUGGUCUGCUAGACAUCUUCGUCUUCCUCGGUCCGACCCCUCAGGAUCUCACUCGCCAGUAUGGAGAGCUAACCGGAUUCACUGCUAUGCCACAGUCCUUCGCUAUUGCCUACCAUCAGUGUCGAUGGAACUAUGUUACCGAUGACGAUGUUAAGGACGUCGAUCGUAGGUUCGACAAGUUCAACAUUCCGUACGAUGUCAUCUGGCUUGACAUCGAGUACACGCAGGAGAAGAAGUACUUCACUUGGGACCCAUUGACUUUCGUUAACCCAGAGACGAUGCAAAAACAGCUCGCCAAGCGCGACAGGAAGUUGGUUCCCAUCAUCGACCCGCACAUCAAGAACACUGACAACUACCCUGUCAUUGAUGAGCUCAAGAAGAAGGAUCUUGCUGUCAAGAACAAGGACGGUAACCAGUAUGAGGGCUGGUGCUGGCCGGGGUCCUCUAUGUGGGUUGACUGCUUUAACCCAGCAGCUAUCGACUGGUGGAAAGGCUUGUUCAAGUACGACAAGUUCAAAGGUAGUGCUCCGAACACCUUUAUCUGGAAUGACAUGAACGAGCCUUCGGUCUUCAAUGGACCCGAGACCACAAUGCCGAAGGACAACCUGCACCACGGCAACUGGGAACAUCGUGAUGUCCACAAUAUCAACGGCAUGACCUUCCACAAUGCGACGUACCAGGCCCUCACUGAGCGCAAGAAGGGCGAGCUCCGACGUCCGUUCGUACUCACCCGCGCCUUCUACUCUGGUAGCCAACGUAGCGCUGCCAUGUGGACGGGAGAUAACCAAGCUGAAUGGGCUCACCUUGAAGCCUCCCUUCCUAUGGUUCUCAACCAGGGCAUAUCUGGCUUCCCCUUCUCGGGUGCAGAUGUUGGAGGUUUCUUCGGCAACCCGAGCAAAGAGCUCCUAACGCGUUGGUACCAGGCGGGUAUCUACUACCCCUUCUUCCGCGGCCACGCACACAUUGACACUCGCCGCCGCGAGCCCUACAUUCCUGGAUCGCCAUACACUGAGAUCAUUACCCAAGCUCUACGUCUACGAUACCAGCUUCUACCCGCUUGGUACACGGCUUUCCAUGAAGCGUCUACGACCGGUGCGCCCAUCAUCCGACCAAACUUCUACAUACACCCAGAAGAUGACAACGGUUUCGCUAUCGAUGAUCAGCUAUACAUCGGCUCCACGGGCCUUCUCGCUAAGCCAGUCACCAAGGAGGGCGCUGACAGCGUGUCUGUCUACAUCGCUGACGAUCAGCCGUACUACGAUUACUUUGAUUACACUAGCUAUCGUGGCGCAGGUCACCACACUGUCCCCGCGCCACUCGAAAAGAUCCCUCUUCUCAUGCAAGGCGGCCACAUCAUCCCGCGCCGCGACCGCCCUCGUCGUUCCUCGGGACUGAUGAAAUUUGACCCCUUCACGCUCGUCGUUGUCCUCGACAAGGCUGGCGAUGCUGAGGGUACCCUGUAUCUAGAUGAUGGGGAAACAUUUGAUUACCAACAAGGCGCCUUCAUACACCGCCAGUUCUCUUUCGAUGGCGCAAGGCAGGUCCUCAGUUCCGCGAACCUCGACAUCGGACAUAGGACUGUGAAGUGCGAAAAAUACCUCAAGACUAUGGAGAAGGUAAGAGUGGAGAAAAUCAUCAUCGUAGGCGCACCUAAGGCCUGGAAGAAUAAGGAGGAGGUCGUGGUCUUGGAGGAGGGUCAGAAGGAAACCAGGAGGAAGAAGUCGCUCCCGCUCGAGUAUCAUGCCGCUGAGGGCAAGAAGGCUGCAUGGGCGGUUGUUAGAGAUCCUGGAGUUUGGAUUGGCAGGGGCUGGAGGAUCGAUUUCGGCGACAAGGUGGCAGGACAUGAGCAUCAUGGGCAUGAGCAUUGAUUGGUAGCUAUUCAACCUUGAAAGAGUAGGCUACAUUUAGAUGAUCUCAGCAACCAGCUCCGGUUAUGGAGUACGAAGAUUGAUAACGCCCGACAUCCAGCGAUAUAAUGUAGAGUAUAGAUAUGAUUUAGAAGCGUCAAGGGUAGUCACUUGUCGCUUCCCUCACUUAUCGCUCCCCUCCUCAGACAACCCCUGCAGUGCGCGCAUCAUGGCUCCGAUACUGGCCCUGCGCGG